UCGAUAUUUUUUCUCACUCUUAGUUGUUCUAUCCCAUUUCUCCAUCAUCUGGUGCGCGAGGUUGAAGCUCUCUAUUCGAAACUCACUCCAGUGACGAGAAUGGCAAGCGCGGGAGAUAGCGUUUCACGACGAGCCGCCAGCCGCAGAUUGCACCGCUGGCUAGCAGCCGUUUCGUCAGCGCUGCUUCUUCUCGUCACAGCUCUCCCCGGCAUCGAGAGCGUUAACCUCGUGGGAAAUCCUUCGGUCUCUGCUGCGGGAAAAGUCACCCGCGACCAGAUGAUAGCGGAGAUUAAGUACGCGGCUACUAUCAUCAAGAAGAACGCCAACUAUACCAAGAUCGCCGGCUUCGCGAGCACUCUACUGCCCAAGGCCCCCAAGAAAUACGACGUGACUCAAGUGUACAACAGCACAAUUCUUCUCGCCACCAACGACGCGCUAACCGCUCUUAUGAAGAAGGUGCCUAUAACGCAGCUCGACAAGCUCUUCCAGGUGCUACAGUACGCGACGAUCCGCGGGCGCUGGAACGAGGCGGCGUUUAAGAAGCUCGGCCCGGUGAAGUUCGACACGUGGCUGGGGAAGAAGAUUCAGAAAAUGUCAACAGCAAAUGCCGCGCCUGUUGCUUUCGGGGUUCCCGGCUCGGCAGCCAGCAAGUGGACUCACAUAGUAACCGCGAAGCUGUACAGUGGGCCCUACUUCACUGUUCAUGGGAUAGAUUAUUGCAUUGUUGUCUGAGAGGGGUGGGCCUUGGGCGUCUAGAGGGUGCACUCCUACCCCGUGUCGGACCACCGUUGUUAGGCAAGUGCAAGGUGAGAAUUCGGCCACAUCAGCUGUUGUGCUAAGGGCGUGUCCCAAGCGUACUUUUCCCCUAGAAAACCCUACCCAUCCGUUUCAUGUUACUUGAUCCGUCUGACUGAACUAGCAUCUCACUCAACCUUAAUCAAACGAACACUUGGGACCAGGCCCUCAGAUUGGUUUUAAGUCAUCUUGAUUGAGAAGGACUGC